CCUCCUAGUUGUUUUUGUACAGCUAAAAUUUUUAAACAAGUGUAAACUUUGUGUACACUUGUUUGACGGCGUUGUUUCCGUAGCAGAUUACGAAUAGAAGCAUAUUACAACAAAUUUCUCGCCUGAGGCAGACGAAUCGCGGGCUCGGGGAACGAGAUGAUGUCAGUGAGUUGGCGACGCCGAGUGGUGCAACCUGCAACGAGUCGUUGGCAACCGUAUAAUCUCAGCUCGCCAUGUUCCCAAGACGAGUUAAAGGACAAUUGAUAGCAUUUGCGUUCAUCUUCCUGACAUAUGUAUUAUGUUCCUCCUUGAUAUAUAUUAAACAUGCACCUACUUUACAAAGUCUACCUACGGCUACGGCAAGCGACGCUUCCGUAACAAUAUCAAAAAACUCAGCAGUUGAAAAUAUUAACAUAGCAUUGAUGCUCAGAGGUUUGAAUCAAACUUUGUCCAAAUUCAUGAGCAGAUUUCAUCAUGAAGUGAAUACGAAGCGUGCGACGACAAAACCAACUUCAAGACCAACUUCAAGACCAACUUCAAGACCAACUUCAAAUUCGACGUCAAAACCCUCGAUUGAUAUUGUCAACGACUACUAUCCCUUUGUGGAUUUUAAGUUCGUCUUUCCGGAGAUUAACCCAAAAGUUGAAGCGACGCCGAAUAUAUUUAUGAUUGUUUUGGUCAAUUCUGGCGCUAAAGGAGAUGAGUUUAGAAAACGUCGCGAGGCCAUCCGACAAACCUGGGGAAAUCAAAGUAACUGCGAACAACGUAAAGCCUCGCAAGAUGGAAGACUGAAAGACUUAAGAUGGCUGCUUGUAUUUGUUCUUGGAAAAGCAGGAAGUGGAACGAACGACGAUGAACUGAAUAUGGCUGAAGCUCGACAACACAACGAUAUGUUGAUUGGAAAUAUCACAGACAACUACAUUAACAAUGUUAUCAAGUUUUACAUGGGUCAGGUUUGGGCGAGUAGAUUUGAUAUAAAAUACACGAUGAAAACAGACGACGAUGUUUACGUGCGUAUACCACGCGUGUUGGAGUAUCUUGUGAAUGCGAAGUUUCCAAGACCAUUCUAUGGGGGCUGGACGUACGCGGGAACUGCGGUGAAUCGAGCUAUCGGUGGAAAAUGGACAGUGAGCUGGAAAUAUUUCGGAGAAAAGGAUUGGCCCCGAUUUAACCCCGGUGGGUUUUUCAUCUUGUCUGCUGACCUUCUCUACAGACUAUUCAAUUACGCGUAUGUAAGAAAACCGUUUCAUACGGACGAUGCAUAUGUUGGGGUGGCCAUGAGAGAUUUUGGAGUGAAAAUUACCACAAUUUUGUCAUUUCGAAUUUCACCAGACAUGUUGCAGGAAGCUUCUCACUAUUCUGACUGCAGUUUAUUAGGUAAAAUUGCAUUGGGCCAUAGUAUUGACAAUAAGGGUUCGAAGAUGCUCUUCGAUCGUUACGAGAGACUGCUGUGUGGAAAAGAUAAAAACAAAUGUUGAGGAUUUUUUUAUCGUUGAUAUUAAAAGGGUGCUCCAUACUAUACAUUAUACUAUGGGCGCUUUCCUUAAUUUAUACAGUAAAAACGGUCCGACCGGUCCUGUUGUAUUCUUAUUAUUUUAUUUUAUUUUAUUUGGUGUCUAAUGACACAUUAUCGCAUAAAAAAUGCAUUGCAAGGUGUUUACUAGGUAGUACAAAUUAGUUAUUU